AUGUCAUCCGCGAGUUCAGAUAUAAACAGCACUGUUUCCAAGGUGAAAGGUUCUGUAGAUGACCAAUCAGUAACAGAUCAAGAGUCAGGAUUGAGGUAUGCCGCUUACGCCAACAGAUUAAGAACCAUUUUGUUAGCUUCACACAGAUAUGUAGCUUAUACAUCGGAUAUUGGAGAGUCAUUUAGACCAGUGGCUCACCCUUAUUUGGUCAAGUCUGGUUAUGCAGUUUCCUGGCUUUAUAUCCUCGGUGAUGUUUCAUACGCGUCAUGGAUCACGAAGAUGAAGAGUGAAGGAAGAUACACGCCAGGAUUAAAACCUUGGGAUAAGGAGCCAAAACCAGAUGCGAUUGCGGCUGAAACUUUUAAGCAAACGCAUAGCUUAGUUGACUCUGAUUGGAGGUUAAGUGCAUUGAAGCGGGGGAUAUUCCAGAGUAUUGCUUCGAUGGGAUUACCUGCGUUUACUAUUCACAGUGCUGUCCGUUAUUCAUCCUACCUUUUCAAAAAUUCAGGUAAUAAGGCAUUGAAGACAUAUGGUCCCGUUGCAGUUGGAUUGGGUAUUGUGCCAUUGUUACCAUAUGUUUUUGACGAGCCAGUUGAGCACGCUGUCGACUGGGUAUUUGAUAAGGGUGAGAACUUGUACGUAAAGGAAAAACUAGCUUAG